ACAGUCCAACUGGUUAGUUAGUUAGUUAGUUUAUGGUAAAGAAAAGAGGGCUUGGGUUUCAAAAAAAAUGGUGGCAACCGUUGCUGUUCCUUCCCCAAAAUCCUCUAUCUUGCAAAAGCAGAACCUAGUCUCUCUGAGAGACCCAAAUUGUAGUUUCCUUGCUGGGUCCUCCUUGAAGCAGCUAAAACCCAGAAACAAGAGAAGAGAUGCAGAUCAUGCCAUCAGUUUGGUGGUUCCUUCAGCAAGCCUCGCCACCAACACAGCCACAACCACAACCAAUCGUGGUGGCAGGUUUUAUUUCAACUUCACUGGAUUUCCUUUCCCUCUUGGCCCUUUUCUCAACAGGAGCACUCUAAGGACUGAGGCUGUGAAGGGCUGCAUAUGGCUAUUCGAACAAGAGCAAGCAUUAGGAUUCAGUAGUGUGUCCACGAACAUUCGAAUGACAAUCAUUAAACUCAAAUCUGGUGGAUUAUGGGUCCAUGCCCCGAUUGCUCCAACCAAGGAGUGUAUUCAGCUUGUGAAGGAGUUAGGAGCUCCUGUAGAAUACAUUGUCCUGCCUACUUUUGCUUAUGAGCAUAAAAUAUUUGUUGGCCCAUUUUCUAGAAAGUUCCCUCGGGCUCAGGUAUGGGUGGCCCCAAGGCAAUGGAGUUGGCCCUUGAAUUUGCCACUUGAGUUUUUUGGUAUUUUUCGUGCUAAAACCUUGAAAGAUGAGGACUCAUCAACCCCGUGGGCUGAUGAGAUUGAACAUAAAAUUCUAAGCUCGCCAGAAGUUGGAAUUGGGCCAUAUGUGGAGGUAGCAUUCUAUCAUAAGCGUUCAAGAACACUACUUGUAACAGAUGCUGUAAUUUUUGUACCGAGGCAGCCACCAGAGUGCAUAAGUAAAGAAUCCUUGUUAGCAUCUGCAAAGAAUGGUUUGGCUGUUAAAAUUCUUAGUAAAGGAAAGGAAGUUCCAGAGGAACCAAUUGUUGACAACAUGAGGAACCGUCAAAAAGGGUGGGAACGAAUGGUUCUACAAAUUUUGUUUCUUGGUCCAUCAAAUCUGUUGGAGCCUAAUGCUAGCUUUGCUCAGAUGUCACAAAAGUUGAUUGUUUCACCCAUUGUAAAGACUUUGGUGUUCAGCAAAGUUCCUGAAAAGGUCAGGGACUGGAUUGAUGGCAUUGCACGGGACUGGAGGUUCAAGAGAGUAAUUCCUGCUCAUUUUGCUGCUCCAAUAAAUGCAAGCAGGUCUGAUUUCUUAGCUGCAUUCGCAUUUCUUGAUGACCUCUUGGGUGAGCGUUAUGCCACAUGGCCUUCACUCUCUCUUCUCUUCGCAUCACUUAUGGGAAAGGCUGCCAGUUACUUCCCUCCAGAUGACAUGAAGACCUUAUCAUCCCUUGAUCAGUUUUUAGUCUCAGUGGGAGCCGUAAAGAAGACUGUUUCAGGCAGGAAACGAUGACACACAAUGAAUUAAAAUUUACUUGUGAAGAUUGCACCUCUUAGGGUUACAAUUUUUCCUGUAUAUUUAGGUUAUAAGGAUGUUAUUUAACCAAUGUUCUGUUUUCUUAAAUUUGAAAUGUGAAAAGUAGUUCCAAUA